CUGUAAUAUUGGUGCUACUGACUCAUGGACGGCCGCCUGCUGUCUGUUGUUUUCGGUAGCGUAAAUGCUUGUGUAGCAGUGUUUGCUAAAAGUUUAUGUGCUGUUUCACGUGUAUAGUAUCGAGCGUAUUGAGCGACAGACAGCGAGUGAUCACUAAGAACAGCAGUUUGCAGGUUGUUAACUAUUGCCUCUCCCAUCAUCAUGAAUGCAAACAUAUUUCAUGAAAUGGAGAUAGAAAGAAAGCGUUUUUGCCUGGAAAACGAAAACAGUGGGGUGAGUGAUGCAGUGGAUUCCCAAGAAGAAGGUAGGAGAAUGAGCCGUCGAAAAAAGGCCAAAGUUGAGUACCGGAAGAUGGAAGAGAAAUAUAAUCAACUGUUGGAUGAGGAAGACGCAUCUGAAAAGUCCAAAGUUGGUGGGAUAGGCAUAUCUGAAAAGAAACCCACCCCGGAAUCGCAGUUGGGAGAUCAAAUUUCAGCAGUUCCAGAUUUACCUUUAAACAGUUCAAUUAAAUUGGACAAAGAUGAACCAGAUUUUGAUAAUGAUGAUCCAACAGGCCUCGAAGGUGCUUCAUUUCAAAGCAGGUUGCCCUUUGAAAAGCUGACAGCCAAAGAAGCAUCUUCCUUUCCUGAUAUAUCACAAGGUCCACCACAAAUACAGAAAGUGUUCUUACACAUUAGAAACAGACUAUUACAAUUAUGGCUGGAGAAUCCAAAACAACAGUUAGUGUUUGAAGAUGCCUUUCCACAAAUUGAACCACCAUAUAACAGUGAUGAGCCUUUGGCUAUGCGAGUGCAUGCUUUUUUGGAAAGGUAUGGUUACAUUAACUUUGGUAUAUUCAAGAGGCUUAAAUGUAUUCCUGCAAAGAAACUUGGAAAAGUUAUUGUGGUUGGAGCAGGCAUUGCUGGACUAGCAGCUGCACAGCAGUUGAACCAGUUUGGGAUGGAAGUAGUAGUUCUGGAAGCAAGGGAUCGAGUUGGUGGCCGUAUUGCUACAUUUCGUAAAGGCAGUUAUGUUGCAGAUUUAGGUGCAAUGGUUGUUACAGGCUUAGGAGGUAAUCCAGUAACUGUUCUGUCAAGGCAGAUUAAUAUGGAAUUGCAUAAGAUAAAGCAGAAAUGUCCUCUUUAUGAAUCAAAUGGAAACACUGUACCAAAAGACAAGGAUGAAAUGGUGGAAAGGGAAUUCAAUCGUCUUUUGGAGGCUACAAGCUACUUAUCACACCAGCUUGACCUGAAUCAUGCUGGUGGAAAACCUGUUUCACUUGGACAAGCACUAGAAUGGGUAAUAAAAUUACAGGAAAAGAAUGUGAAGGAAAAGCAGGUUCAACACUGGAAAACUGUGAUAGCUGUACAAGAGAAACUGAAAACAAAUCAACACAACAUGUUGACCUUAAAAGAGAGAAUUGAAGAAUUAAACAAACAGUACAAGGAACUGUGUGAGACUAAGGGCUUGAGAGAUAUUACCCAGGAAUUUGUUAUGCGUUCCAAACUAAGGGAUCUAAACAAUGCAUGCCAUGAAUGGGACCAGUUCCUGGAGCAACAAAAAGAAAUUGAAGACAAAUUACAUGAAUUAGACGCAUCACCUCCAAGUGAUGUUUACCUGUCAUCACGAGAUCGCCAGAUUUUAGACUGGCAUUUUGCAAACUUGGAAUUUGCUAAUGCUACACCUCUGACGAAUCUGUCUCUAAAGCACUGGGACCAAGAUGAUGAUUUUGAAUUUACAGGCAGCCAUUUAACAGUCAGGAAUGGAUAUUCUUGUGUUCCCGUUGCACUUUCUGAAGGGCUUGACAUUAAACUAAACACUGCCGUGAGACAGAUCCGGUAUGGUCUGAAUGGAGUGGAGGUACUGACGACCAAUUCUCGCAAUAAUAGCAACCCCAUCACUUACAAAGGUGAUGUAGUGUUAUGUACAUUACCACUGGGUAUCCUCAAACAGUCAGUUGCAUCCAAUACACAGGGUGUCAAUAAUGUUGUGCAAUUUGUCCCUCCAUUGCCAGACUGGAAGGUCUCAGCUAUCCAGCGCCUUGGUUUUGGAAGUCUGAACAAAGUAGUGCUUUGCUUUGAUCGUAUUUUCUGGGAUGCCAGCACUAAUUUGUUUGGUCAUGUAGGCAGCACAACUGCAAGUAGGGGAGAGCUAUUUCUAUUUUGGAACUUAUAUCGUGCUCCGGUCCUUCUUGCAUUAGUGGCAGGCGAGGCUGCUGCCAUCAUGGAAAAUGUCAGCGAUGAUGUCAUAGUGGGUCGCUGUAUUGCUGUUCUGAAGGGUAUAUUUGGCAACGGGGCUGUGCCACAGCCCAAAGAGACUGUAGUGACCCGCUGGAGAACUGAUCCAUGGGCCCGUGGUUCUUAUUCCUUUGUGGCAGUUGGAUCCUCAGGUGGCGAUUAUGACAUGCUGGCCACGCCCGUGGCUCCACCAACCACAUCUGGACAAGGUGUGAAAUGUAGACUCUUCUUUGCAGGUGAACAUACCAUCAGGAAUUAUCCUGCAACAGUGCAUGGUGCGUUCCUUAGUGGCCUUCAUGAGGGUGCGCAUAUUGCUGAUGAAUAUUUGGGAAGUCCGUAUGCUCCACCGCAACAGCCACCUAUAGCAACUGCUCGAGUUCCAUCCACAGGAACAUCUCAGUAAAUGGCACAAAAGGUUAUAAACUGACUGUUGUGUUCUGUGUAGUUGAAGUGUCUGAGGAUCUUGUAGACAGAAAAUUGACAUAAAAAAAUAUUUUUUUAAUGUGCGUGAUGAUUUUGUGUUUCUUCUGAUGGAUAUUUUUUUUAUGCAAAUAUAACAUUUUUAUACACUGAUGCUCAGUAUUAAAAUAAUAAUGUAAACAUUUUAAGUUGCUUACAAUAUCAGAUAUGAGUUGGGGGCACACAGUAGCGUAGCUGGUUGAUGCACUAUGCUACAAACCGGAAGAUCAUGGGUUUGAUUCCUGAUGA